UGUGGGCGACGCACGCGUGUUUACUGUUUACGUUCCGUACCGCGGUAAACAUGUACAUAAUACGUCCAGCGGUAACCACAGUGCCACCGACGCGCGGGACGGCGUGUUUCGGGCUGCCGGUAUUGGGCGCACUGACGUCGGACUGACGCCAUCGAAGAGUCGGGUUUGUGUUGAUUCGUUUGUUGUGUUUGGCUAUGUGGUUCUAAUUUACAAUUAUAGUUAUUAUUUUUGGGUGCAAGUGAGUUCGCUAGCUUCAUAAUUUGUCUUCAGUCCAACCGAUUAAACAACAAUAACAAUAAUAAUAACACUGCCGUACUCGACGGUCCCGGCUUGUGUGUAUUCGUUUCUGCUGCGCGCAAGGUGCCCAAAACAUACUCGUUGCUCUCCGCGCGUUCGACCCGUUGUCGGAAAUCGGUCGGAUUUCAGUUAACGGUAUUGGCUGUUAUGGGCGGAACGCCUAAGAAUAUCCUUCACUUGUUUCAAAGAGUGCCGAACUACGUUGCCUGCUACUAGACCAAGGAAUACGCCAAGAUUGAAUUUAACUUCUAAACUAUGAAUAGUAUUGGAGCAAUGAAUUCUCCAGUAAAGCAGCCUCUGCCAACAGUAUUGGCUCCUCCUACUAUUUCAAAUUCUUCACCUUCCAAAGUACAACCACCGCCAAAUUUAACUCCACUUAAUUUAAAUACUUCUCAAUCAACUCAGCCUUUGAGUCUCGUAAAUGAACAUAAAAAUAUUCCCAUUGUUAUUCCUUCGCCUGUUAUGACUUCUGUUGAAAAUAUUGUUCCAAAAACUACUGCAUGUAAUGGUUUACCUGAUACAAAACCAGUUGGUGAGAAAAUUGAAGGAGCCCUGCCUAAAAUUGAACCACAAAUACUCCAUAAUCAGGUAAAUAAUUCUGUCAAUGUCAAAAGUGCAAAUGAAUCUCCUCUUCCUGAAAUUAAACCUCAAGUAUCAGAAGUUGAAAAUUUAUCUCAAAAAAAAGAUGAUAAGAAUAACUUGCCAAUUGUUCAAACCGAUAAAGUUAUUUUGCCAGAAGUUAAUGUAACAUCUUCAAAUGAUCCUAUUAAGCCUGAUGAUAUACAUAAAACUGAAAAUGUUGUUUCCAAACCAAAAGAAAAUGAUACUAAAGUCAGUCAAGAAUCUACUGAAAUUAAGGCUAUAGGGCAAACAAACCAAGGGCCAACUGUUUCUGUUGAAAAAAUUGAACAAGUACCUAUAAACACUUCAAAAAAUAGUGUGCGGCGAAAAAGAGAACAUAAACAGCUAGAAGAAGAAGAAGAAAAAAAGGAGAAAUCAUUGAAAAAGGAUACACCUGUUGAAGAAGUAAAAUCUAAGCGUACUAGACUUCCUACACAACCUUUCCAAUUAUCAUUAUUGCCAGAAAUGCACCAUAUCUCCAAAAUUUCUGAAAAAACUGUAUCUUCAAAAAUCAAUAGUGACAAAUUAACAGUGUUCUACAAAAAUGAGUUUUUGGCUGUACGAAAUGAAGAAGGAGGAUUUUACUUAUGCCAAGCUAUGCAAAAUAUUCAUAGAGCUAGUCGCCGUAUUCGUAUUCGAUGGCUAACUCAACAUCCUAAUGAUGAAUUUACUCCAGAUUUUUAUGACCAUACAGAGUUUGAUUGUAUUUUGACUAAUAUAACAUUAAAAAAAAUUCAAAAAGAACAGUGGAAACUUCCUGAAAAAGAAAAGUUAAGAAUUGAAAAUAUAUUGAAACGAUCUAUUGAUGUUGAAAAAGGAUCAGAAAAACCUUCAGUUACUGAAGAACAUCCAGAUGGCUUGGAUGUGAGCUUAUUCAAAGAUGAAGCUCAACUAACAAAGAAAAAAGGUAGCAAGAAAAGUAUAACUGUGAAAAGGAAGGUAUCAACUGAUGAGCAACAACCAGUAAAAAAGUCAUCUAGAUUGUCUAAGAAAAAACCAUCUUAUGAUUUUGGGCAUUCCUCAUCUGAAAGUGACGAAAAUGAUGAAGAUAAUAGUAACCAAAAAAAAUCAUCUAGCAAAAAAAUUUUGAAAAAAAAAGUUGUUGCUAAAGAACCUGCUAAAAAAAUAAUAGGCAAUGUAUCAAAACCAAAAACACCAUCGGUUAGAAAAACACAAGCUCCUGUAAAACCAACAUAUGUAUUGGCAUCAGUUUCUUCAGCAGUGAAGAAAAGAGAAAUCAUUGCUACAAAACAAAAAAAAGAGAACAAUGUUUCAGAUAAAAAGUCUUCCAAGAAAGUAGAAACAAAAUCUCCAGCUGUUCCUCUACCUUCAGAGCGAUCAUCAAAAACUAGAAAUGCAGGAAAUGCUGUUUCAGCAAAAAUAACCACUGCUGGUAUUGGAAUAGUUAAAAAUAACCCCAAUGAUCGAAAAACAACAAGAAAUCGUAAAUGAUGAUAAUAUCACGCUUUGUAAGGAAUAUAUUCUACUACUUGUUUGAACAAUAUUUAAAAAUUCAUUUUGUUAAUAAUAUUA